GGAAGGGAAGGAGGUAGGGAGGAGAGAGAAAGAAGAGUAAAAGGCAAAGAUACUAUAAAAACUAUAGGUCUAUAUACAUGCACUUGAGUUUAGGGUGGCAAGAAAAGCAAAAGCAUUCAUGUGUGUAUUAUGAACAGUGCUUCAAACUAUGGUUGGGGAGAGGAGAGGAGAGAGGGAGGAAGGGAGGGAGGGGAGAGGAGAGGGAGAGGAGAGAGGGCGGAAGUAUCCGACCUGCAGGCACUACAGGAGAACAAGACAAGUCGUGUUCUAAACUGAUGUGCUAAUUAUGUACUCCCAUAAGCUACAAAUUACAGGCCAUUAUGUACAC